AUGGGCAAUAAACUGGAUAAUGUGAAUUUUUUCAAUUGUUUUGUAGCUAGUGACUUACUGGACAGCCAUGUACUGGGCAACGACAAGCUUGCUGAACCAGCGAUGGAGAGAUCUACCAGGUUCAGUAUCGACGGCAAUAGUGUGGAUAUUGGAGAAAUAACAGAAUCCCCUGACACUGAAUACAUGAGUACUUCUGCUAUAUUACAUUACUGUAAAUCAAAGAUAUUGCUACCAUAUUUAAAAUUAUUAACUAUAAUGGGACUGCGACCGGUACUAGAUGUAUCGAACUCUUCCAAAUGCGCAAUAUGCUGCUCGCAUUUCCAUUCAAUACAAGUAGCAAUACUCAUGUUUAUAGGAUACGUUCUACAGUAUAUGGCUUGUUUCAGACGAGACAGAGGAUUUUGUUACAAGUUAGUUCCAUUGGCCUUAACAUCCAGCCUUGAGUAUGAGAACUAUAAGCAAGUGUGUUACGGAAAUGUUAUUUUCACCUAUAUUGGGCCCAGCAUACUGCACUUCGUGGGUUUUUUAUAUGCAUUAUAUUUGUUCAGAAUAUCUGAUAAUGAACAGUUGCAAAAUUUAAUGGAAAGGGUUUUUUUACUAUCCUCUUAUUCGCCUCAAGGAAUGCCCACCACUAAGCCUAAACGUUUACUACGCAUGUUGUGGUUUUUCAUAAUACUCAGCGUUAUAUGGAUGUGUCUGUCGUUAUGUUCAGUCAAUCUUAUGUUGGCUAAAGGCAAUAUUAUAUUUAGAUGGAUGGAAAAUAGUUCAUAUGAAAUAAGGAUGGUGUUAAAAGUGUUGCUAGUUAUAUGCACAUUGAUCCACGACAUGGUGCAGGCGACUAUAAUCACGAGCUAUUGCCUACAAGCACAGUUAUUACAAGCUCAUCUUAUGUUCCUCAAAGAACGGCUGCUGAACCGAACUAUAACUCCGCUCAACUGGAUGAGAGAGAUAGCAGAGUUCCGAAAACUAUUAAAAUAUCUGAACGACGACUUAGCCCCUGCGGUUUGUUUGUUCACCAUCGUGAAUAUCUCGUGGGCCACCUCUGGCAUCAUGUGGCUGCUCAACUUGGAUAAGGUAGAUACUGAGACAGAACCCUUGGUCGGCAUCAGCAUUCUAAACGAGCUCAUAUGGAUUUCAGCAGUUAUUGUACCGUUUGUUCAAGCCGCACGUUUGUCGAAAGAAUGCAGACGGACUCAGUCUGUGGGACAUGAGCUGUGCGUCCGUCCGUUUCUGCACCAGGACACUUCCCAGGAGGACAUCACGUCGGUACUCAUGUACGCGUCCACUCUACGUCUGCACGCGAAACUGUUCCACUACCCCAUCGCAGGUCGAUAUAUCUGUCUCGUACUAACCAUUACUGCGAUAGUACUCUUCUCUCUAGGCAUGUGUCAUCUAUUACAGUAG